AUCUCCUCUCUACCAUGUGAACUACUAUUCGGAAAAUCCUCACCAGGUAAAUAGAAUUUUGUUAAGCAACAACCAUUACUAGCUCAAAGUAUCUUUACAAAUUGAAGACGUACGAAAUGGACAUGGGAUAUGGACCUUAUUACGUUCAUCCUGAGCUCGAGUCACUUGUCGAUAGAAUCCACCCUCCGAGGGUCUGCAUUGAUAAUGAUACAUAUGAAGAUUGCACACUUGUGAAGGUUGAUUGUGCAAACAGGCACGGGAUAUUGCUGGAUAUGGUGCAAGUUCUAACAGAUCUUGAUCUUGUUAUAUCCAAAUCAUACAUUUGUUCGGAUGGUCGUUGGUUCAUGGAUGUGUUCCAUGUGACUGAUCAACUUGGCAACAAGAUAACAGACAAAGAUCUAAUUCAUAAUAUACAACAGUCCAUAUGUGCAAGUAGAAGAGAGAAAACACAAGUAAAAACAAGUAGUAUAGGCAAAGAAAUGAGACAAAGGCAUGUACCGAUGGAGCAUAUGACACUUGAGAUGACAAUAACUGAUAGGCCGGGCUUAUUGUCUGAGAUAUCGGCAGUACUAGCUGAACUAAGGUGUCAUGUAUCUGCCGCAGUAGUAUGGACCCAUAACACGCGUGCCGCUUGCAUCAUUCAUGUAGAAAAUGAUGAUUCAAACCAUGGGUCAUCAAUAAUGGACCCUCAAAGGGUGGAUGAAGUACAAUCCAAGCUAGUGACCGUGGUCAAUGCGCGUCACACCAAUCAUGAAAGGCCAAGUGUCAAGUUAACCAGCCAGGCCACGGGUCAACCCCAUACAGAGAGACGGCUACACCAGCUGAUGAUGGCUGAUAAAGACUACCAAGAAAAGUGUAUAUAUAGUAGUCGUGAUAAAAGCUAUGAGACAAUUGUCACGGUUGAAAACUGUCGCGAAAAGGGGUAUUCGGUUCUUAAUGUAACGAGUCCAGACAGGCCAAAGUUACUAUUUGACACUGUUUGCACCCUGACUGACUUGCAAUAUGUGGUUUUUCAUGCAGCAGUUAGCUCUAAAGGGCCUGUUGCAUUUCAGGAGUACUACAUAAGGCAGAAAGACGGGCAUACAUUAAACUCAGAGAUUCAACGACAAGCAAUCAGUCGAUGUAUAGUUGCAGCUGUAGAACGAAGAGUAUCAAAUGGGCUAAGGUUAGAUGUGAAGAGUCGAAAUAGGUCAGGACUACUAUCAGAUGUAACCAGGGUGUUUCGUGAAAACGGGCUCUCAGUUGCAAGGGCCGAGAUUGGGAUACAUGGAGAAAAGGCAGUCGGGUCAUUUUAUGUCACAGAUGUUGGUGGACGUGAUGUGAAUCUGCAGAUGGUUGAAACAGUUAAGAAAGAGAUUGAGAAGAUUGGGGGCAUGGUUUUUGUGACGAAUGGAUCAUCAUUGGAUUCUUCGUCUCAUAGAUCAUCAAGAAGUAACAACACAGAAGAAGAGCAGCCAGCAAGGUCAUCACUAGGAACGCUGCUAUGGUCACAAAUUGAGAGACUCUCGAGCAAGUUUCAGACCCUAACCCCGUAACCCCAUGUCCCCAUAGGAGUAAAUAAUAGUACUUAUUAGUGAUGAAAAAAAUCAUUAUUGUUCUAAAACAUUGUAAAGAUUAGAGCAUUAGUUAGUAUUUAGGAUGAGUUUAGCUGGUAUAUGUAAUUAAGCUGAUUGUACAUAUAUAGCUAUACAUUAGUUAGUAGCCAUUAUGGAAAAACAUAUAUGGUAUGAUACUAGCUUGUAUAUAUACAAUUAAUAAAGGAUGUUGAAUCAACCAUCGAA